AUGGCUGAAAUAACACUGACAAUACCAAGUGGUGGUGAUGACACCAAGCAGCUGGCACGAUCAUACACUGCCGGUUUUUUUAAUCACUUAACUUAUUUUCUGGCUGCUGGUGCUGUUACUUUGGGAAUUGGCUUCUUUGCUUUGGCAUCAGCUUUGUGGUUCCUGAUUUGCAAACGAAGAAAAAUAUUUCAAAAUUCCAAAUUUAAAUCAACUGAUGAGAGAUGCAGGCGAAGACCAUCAAAGGAGAAGAUUAAAUCUCAUUCUCAGUGUGUUUUUAUUUCUCGAAAUUUUCAUACUGGAAGAUUCCAAUUACAGGAAGAGCAGAGAAAAAAGAAAACAGCAUAUAUAAAAGCAAUUAAAGAUCAUUCUAAAGAUGAAUUCAGCCUUGCAACAAAAAAGGUCGUUUGUGACCCUUCAGAAACUAGCUCAGCAAUCAAUCCCACCAGUGUUAUCUUAAGCUCAUCAACAUUACCAUCUGAUUCUUGCUACAGCCAAAGUAUUGAAGCAGCUGAUGGCUGGUUUUCUGAUGAUUCUCUAGUGAAAAGGAGCUCUCCAAUGUCUUUUCUCAGGGAACCUCUAAUUGAAAAAGUAUUUUCAUACCUGUCAACCAUUCCAUUAGAAGAAUGUACUGAAACUGUACUGAAUGUGACUCUUAAUGAUGAUAAAACAGAUGAUAGCAUUAAGGAAAUAUUUUCAGGAAGAAAUACAGAGGUUGAAAUACAAAACCUUCAACAUGAUAUGGAAUGA